CAGUACAAAGUUAAUGGUUCAUACAAAGAUGUGUCAGCUCGAGCCUUCUACAACACUCAAGUUGAUCUGGAGUUUCGCAAACAGUUGGACAGACAUGUGAUCAGUUUGAACAUCAUUGACAAGGUUGAUGACUCGGGAUCCGAGAUUGUUCACUGGAUCACUCACUUUCCUUACCCUCUGUCCAAUAGAGAAUAUGUUUAUGUACGGAGGCACAAGGUGGAUGAUAAGAACAAGUUGAUGGUGAUUGUCAGUCGAAGCACCGAUGGACAUCCCUGCGUACCCGACAAGACCAACCACGUGCGAGUCACCGAGCAUACAUCUAAGAUGGUCAUCAGACCACACACUAGCUUUGAUGAGAAUGGGUUUAAUUACGUGGUGACGUACUUUGACGAGCCCAAAUAUACCAAAAGUGGCUCAGUGUUGUAUGGCCAAGUCCGGCAUUCCAGACUUCGUGGACAAGUUGCAUGA